AAGUUGAGGAGUAAGUGAAUGGUUUCGGUGUUUAAAGCUACCGCUAUUUCCAUGUUGAUCUCCAUUUAGGUCUGAAUCUUUAUCUCUACGCGAUCCCAAUCUUUCUCCUUGUUUUCUUCAAUUUCCAAAUUCAUCAACCACUUUGCUUCUCCUUGCUGGAAUUACUCGGUAGUUUGAAAUGAGAAGGGAACAAUCCCAGUCUCCUUGCGUAACGGAUGCGGAGCCCGAUAGAAUUAGUAGUUUACCAGGUCAUAUAAUAGACCAAAUUCUCUCAAUUUUGCCAAUUAAGGAAGCAGUGAGAACAAGUAUUUUAUCAACCAAAUGGAGGUACAAAUGGGCCACACUUCCAAAUCUUGUGUUUGAUAGCCAAUGUAUCUCCGACACUUCUGAAGACCUUUUAGUUAUCAAGAGCAAACUUUCGAGAAUUAUUGAUCAUGUACUUUUACUCCAUUCUGGGCCAAUCAAAAAGUUCAAGCUCUCCCAUCGCGAGCUCAUUGGAGUGACCGAUAUUGAUCGAUGGACUCUUCAUCUAACCAGAAGGCCUGUUAAAGAGUUUGUGCUGGAAAUCUGGAAAGGGCAACGCUAUAAAAUACCUUCAUGCUUAUUUUCUUGUCAAGGUUUACAUCAUUUAGAAUUAUUUAACUGUUGGCUUAUACCACCAUCAACAUUUCAAGGAUUCAGGAACUUGAAGAGUCUUGAUCUGCAACAUGUUACCUUGUCUCAAGAUGCUUUUGAAAACUUGAUAUCUACUUGCCCUUUGCUUGAACGAUUGACAUUGAUGAACUUUGAUGGUUUCAACUAUCUUAAUAUCCAUGCCCCAAAUCUCCAGUUUUUUGACAUCGGGGGUAAAUUUGAGGAUAUUAGCUUUAAGAACACUUCUCAAUUAGCUGUGGUGUCCAUUGGUCUCUAUGUUAACUUUGAAAGCAGUCAAGGUAGAUUGCACGGACGCACUAGCAAUCUGGUCGAAUUUUUAAUUCAUUUGCCUCGUAUACAAAGGCUGGAGAUUCAAAGCUAUUUUUUGAAGUAUUUGGCUCUGGGGGCUGUACCAGUAAAGCUUCCUACCCCUUGCAUUGAUCUAAGUUAUCUUUCCAUACGCAUAAACUUCUAUGAUUCAAAGGAAAUUUCAGCUGCUCUUUGCCUUUUCAGAAGCUCACCUAAUCUACGAGAACUCGAAAUAUUGGCACGGCCUGAGGAGCAGCCUCUUCCAUUAGCUCACCAUGCCGACUGUUGGGAGGAUGUCUAUUUGGAUUGGCCAGUCAUGCGAGUGCGACAUGUGAGAAUAGAUGGCAUCUCUGGUAUCAAACCUGAGUUAGACUUCAUCAGCUUUAUACUUCUAUAUUCUCCUGUGCUAGAAAGGAUGACUGUGAAACCUGCUUUAAACGCCAGUCCGGAAUUGGUGAAAGAACUAUUGCGGUUGAGGAGAGCCUCGGGACGAGCUGAAGUUAUUUACCUAGACUCUGUAUAAUGAUUUUUACACAUGAAAAUAGUACACGUGAACUUUCUUUCCUUUAUGAAGUAUACAUGAAAACCCCUCCCUUACAACCUGUUCCAUCUUGGAAAGGAUCAACUCUUUUCCUUGCGAUUUGCAAGCAAUCAUUGGCACUUAGAGUUUGAUAUAGACUGGAGUUGAAUUAAGUUUAGGAAAUAUUGAGUUGGAUAUUUAUUUUCUUCAAAUUGUAAUUUGUUUUUUAUGAUUGAACUAGGUUUGUUUUGCCUUCGUUUUGGAGCUUGUAUUGUGCUCUCUUGUUAGCUUCAGCCUUGGCCUUUUCCUUGCUUCUUUUGGCUCCUUGGCCGAGAUCUAUAUAUAGGGGAGGUUGUAUUUAUUUUCACAACUUGGAAUUAAUUUGGUAUUUUCACUCGUUGAGUUGAAAAAGAGUUUAAGAGUACACUGCUCUUUUUAAGGUUCUUGUUACAAAAUUGUAAUCUUAUCAAGUGAAUAUUCUAUUGAAUCACUCUGUAGAUUAUCCAAUUAUCUCAAUGGAACCGUAUAGAUCCAUAUGAGUAUGUA